AUGAAUUCUAGGGAAGAAGAUCCAUUAAAUUAAGUAGAUUUAGAUUAAGCAUAUGAUGUGCCAAAUCAAUAGGGAAAUUUGAAAUAAAAAAUAAAUGAUAUUCAAGAUAUUACGGCUGAAAAAUAUGAUGAUAUUAAUCAAAUUGUCAAUUAUGAAAUGAGAGUCAUGUAAGAGAAGCUAGGAUUCAGAGGAGAAAGAACUCAAAUUUAUUAAUAAACAGCUUUGUUCGUGGCUGUAAUUUAGUUAAUAAUAGCCACAUUUUUAUCUAUGUUAAUUUCAUAAACGACGUUUUUAGGUCAUGCGUGGACAUUCAUUCCAUGGAUCUAAUAUGUAUUCAUCCUAACAUAUCUAUUCACUAUUGUUGGGAUUCAAUGUGUUUAAGAAAAAGUCUAAGAGACAAGAUAUAAUUUUGGAAUGAGUUGCAUUCAUGCCGUCUCUAAAAUUGUCUUAAUUGUUUUUAUAUCCAUAUGGUUUUUUGACAUCCGAGUGGAAAUAUUUUUGGUGGCAUUAGUUGCAAUAUAAGGAUACAUAACCCUUAAGAUAUACAUUCCUACUCAAAAACAAUAGGAGUUUGAUUUAAAAGUGAAGGAUUUGUGGAAAAAGAUGACUGUAUUUUAGCUUUGUGUAUCUAUUUUCUUAAUGUACUUCACAAGAUCAACUUAUAUUUUUGGAUUUGUUGUGUUUGUAUCAACUCUCUUAAUAGGAAUAUACACUAUAUUGUGUUUGCAAAGAUUUAAAGAAUACUCAUUUUUUUCAUUUAAUUCCAAUGAUUUAUAUUUGGGGGCCUUAUAAUUGGAAGCAGAUAUGAUUUUACCAUGCGCAUUGAUUGUAUUCCAACAAAGAAAUAGAACUUAAACUCCUUCUCCAUACCCGUCAGUUAGGAGUGAAAAGGAGAAGGACAAUAAGAGACAAGACUCAGAAUAAAAAAUAGCGGUGCAAUCUAUAAAGAGUGUUACUGAUUGA